AGUAUUGUGGGUCAAGCAGAGGCUACGUACAGUAUAUCUUCGAGACUUUGUUGCAGAUGUUGCCAACUUGGAGUUGAAAUUUGGUUCGAUAGAGAUGGAAAGCCAUCAACAUAACAGUAAGAAAGGUCGUGGCAGCAGUGAAGUACAGUCAAUCAAAGUGAAGCGUCUGGUAAAGCAUCUUCUCGUGCAGCUUGUAUUUAUAUUAAAACAAGGCAAAGUAGAAGACGAAAACGCAGAGAGCAAUUUCAUGAAAGAGC